CAUCUCUCUAUAUAUAUAAAGUACACAAAGCAUUUCUGAGCACAUCAAGGUAUUUUUUUUAUGAUAUGAUGUCAAUUGAUAUGAAUUACAUAGGCAUUACAUGUGGAUUAUUAUUACUUGCAUGGACUUCGAUCCAUGGUCGCAAUAAGAAGAAACUUCCACCAGGACCAAUCCCUCUACCUUUAAUCGGAAAUCUCCGCAACAUAUUCGGUGCUCCGCCCCAUAAGUCGAUGGAGCGGCUUGCUAACAAAUACGGCCCAAUAAUAAGCCUCAAAUUGGGCCGAUUACCCACCGUCGUUAUAUCUUCAUCAGCCGUGGCUAAAGAAGCCGUCAAAAAACACGAUUCCGCCUUUUCUAGUAAAACACCCAAAGAUGCAGUCGAAGCUCAUAACCACCAUAAAUUCUCCAUCGUAUGGCUACCGAUCGACAGCAGUCGCCGGAAAAGUCUCCGGACGAUAUUGAAUUCGUGUAUCUUCUCUGCAAACAAGCUCGACGCGAACCAGAAUAUCCGAUCUACGAAGAUCUCAGAGCUUAUUGCUUACUGUCAUCGAUGUAGCCAAACUGGUGAUGCCGUGGAUUUUGGUAUAGUUGCUUCUGAUAUCGCGAUUAAUGUUUUAUCGAAUACAAUUUUUUCCACGGAUUUAGUGGAUUUGACUGAGAAAUCGGCGAAGAAAUUUAAGGAUGUGAUCCGGAGUAUUACGUUCCAGAUCGGAAAGUUUAACAUGGUGGAUUACUUCCCUGUGCUGAAAUGGAUCGAUCCUCAAGGGAUUAAUCGAAGCACUUGCGCUGGUUUUGCUAAAAUGUUUCGGAUUUUUGGGGAUUUUAUUGAUGAAAGGUUGGAGCAAAGGAAAAAGAACCAGAAAAUCAAAGACGUUUUGGAUAUUUUGCUAAAUAUGAGUGAAGAAAACGAUGGCAAUGGCAACAUUGCUAUGGAUAGAAAUCAAAUCGAACACCUUCGUCUGGAUCUUUUCAUUGCGGGAACUGAUUCGAGUUCCGCUACAUUAGAAUGGGCAAUGCUAGAGCUGAUGAAAAAUCCACACGCAAUGAAAAAGGCUAAAGCGGAACUCGCACAAGUUGUUGGCAAGAAAGAGGUAAUAAAGGAAGCUGAUCUCGUUCGGCUUCCUUAUAUGCAUUGCAUUUUGAAAGAGACAUUGCGGAUUCACCCGCCUGUUCCUCUUUUGUCUCGCAAGGCCGAGCAAGAAUUUGAACUUUGUGGCUACUUUGUCCCAAAGGGUUCACAAGUGAUAAUAAAUAUAUGGUCAAUUGGUCGUGACCCUACUAUUUGGGAGGAUCCUUUGGUAUUUAAGCCUGAAAGGUUUUGGGGUUCUAAUGUUAUGGAUAUUCGUGGUCAAGAUGAUUUUAAGCUUAUUCCUUUUGGUGUUGGUCGAAGAAUGUGUCCUGCCAUAUCUUUGGCUAUGAGGACAGUUCCCAUAAUGUUGGGUUCGUUGUUGAAUUCAUUUGAUUGGGUUGUUGAAGGCGACGAUGAUUUGGAUGCGGAGGAGAAAAGUGGUCUUAUAGUAGGCAAAUUACGUCCUCUACGACUUGUUCCGAUUUAACUAUAGGGCUAUAUAUGGAUCAAAUUGGACAUGAAGCACUGUUUCAAUUGGCAUGGAAGUAGCAAAAACUUAAUAAAGUAGAGUCUACGAAUACAUAGGUUUUCCAUAGACCCUGUAAUAAAUAUAUAUGUAUAUUAACUUGUUAACCUCCUAUCAAAACUGA